AUGAGGGAGUGGUGGGUGCAGGUGGGGCUCCUGGCCGUGCCCCUGCUUGCUGCCUAUCUGCACAUCCCACCCCCUCAGCUUUCCCCGGCUCUGCACUCAUGGAAGUCGUCUGGCAAAUUUUUUACCUACAAGGGACUACGUAUCUUCUACCAAGACUCUGUGGGUGUGGUUGGAAGUCCGGAGAUAGUUGUGCUUUUACAUGGCUUUCCAACAUCCAGCUAUGAUUGGUACAAGAUUUGGGAAGGUCUGACCCUGAGGUUUCAUCGAGUGAUUGCCCUUGAUUUCUUAGGCUUUGGCUUUAGCGACAAACCGAGACCACAUCACUACUCCAUAUUUGAGCAGGCCAGCAUCGUGGAGUCACUUUUGCGGCAUCUGGGGCUCCAGAACCGCAGGAUCAACCUUUUGUCUCAUGAUUACGGAGACAUAGUUGCUCAGGAGCUGCUUUAUAGGUACAAGCAGAAUCGAUCUGGUCGGCUUACCAUAAAGAGUCUCUGUCUCUCAAAUGGAGGUAUCUUUCCUGAGACUCACCGUCCUCUCCUUCUCCAAAAGCUACUCAAAGAUGGAGGCGUGCUGUCACCCAUCCUCACUCGGUUGAUGAAUUUCUUUGUAUUCUCUCGAGGUCUUACCCCAGUCUUUGGACCAUAUACCCGACCCUCUGAGAGUGAGCUGUGGGACAUGUGGGCAGGGAUCCGCAACAACGAUGGGAACUUAGUCAUCGACAGUCUCUUACAGUACAUCAAUCAGAGGAAGAAGUUUAGAAGACGCUGGGUUGGAGCUCUUGCCUCUGUAACUAUUCCCAUUCAUUUUAUCUAUGGGCCAAUGGAUCCUGUAAAUCCCUAUCCAGAGUUUUUGGAGCUGUACAGGAAAACGCUGCCGCGGUCCACAGUGUCGAUUCUGGAUGACCACAUUAGCCACUAUCCACAGCUAGAGGAUCCCAUGGGCUUCUUGAAUGCAUAUAUGGGCUUCAUCAACUCCUUCUGAGCUGGAAAGAGUAGCUACCCUGUAUUACCUCCCCUACUCCACUCCCUUAUCUGUUGUGUAUUCCACUUAGGAAGAAAUGCCCAAAAGAGGUCCUGGCCAUCAAAUACCAUUCUCUCACAAAAGUACACUUGACUCACAUUGGUGAACAGUAUAUAGGAAAUAGCAAGCAGAAGCUCUGACUAAGGGUUGACAUAAUAGUCCAUCUCCCAUUCCAUUGACAUCUGAUCAAGUGUAUGGACUUGUGUUAUUCAGAAAUUCUGAUGAGCACUACUACUCUCUGAUGCAGAGAGACAGACAUUCUUUUGCAUAAAAGACUUUUGAAUGCUUCUAUGGACUUUGCUGAAAUAUUCGGAAAUACUAAUUAAUAUCUGGCCCAAUCCCAACUGGAAUCCUACAGUAAAGAAUGAGGAGAGGGGGCCUCCUUAACUUUCCUUGAGUGGCUUUAAAGGCAUGUUUUUUUAAAGUUCUCUAAGCAACACAACUUCAAGUGAGAGUGAGUCUCCUUUGUCAUAACUUUGGAUUUAGUUUCAUUAGCUGCUUUUAAUUAUAGACAUUUUGUUAAAGUAGACAUUGGCUCAAAUAAUGCAGUAUUCUCAGUAUGCUUUAAGACUUUGAUUUACCUACAUGUUUGUUAGGUAUAUUUUAUAAGGAUACUUAA